AUGCGAACAUCGAUUUAUCAUGAUAAUAUCGAUAAUGUAUCCGAAAUAUUAGCAAAAUUUUUUAACAAAUAUACACAUUCUCGCAUUAAAGAUUGGUGUUUAACCAAAAAUAUUAUUGUUGACAAUAAUACGAACGAAGUUUUGAGGUCAAAAGAUUACAACUUCCAAAGAUUCGUUGACGCAAUAACAAGCCGGGAUCUUGAUCCUACUCAAAUUACAUUAAUUUCUGACGUCCACACGUACGAACAAUUUUUUCCUAAUGAUCGUACAUCACUCGUAGCUUUUAUGAAAUUCGUUCUUGGGUUAACCUACCUUUUGUUAGACCAAUCCAGAAAUUUACAUCUUGAAGGUUUUUACCCAUUUAUUGGAAUAACUUAUUUUAUGUACGACAAAAUAAAUCACUCUUCAUUAUUAAAUUCUAACCUCAACAAUAAGUCUCUAAUUUUACGAGACAUUCGUAAUUUAUGGAGUAUUUUUCUUUCCAGAAAGACUAAUAGUCACACUAACUUGAAUGGUGAAUGGAAUAUUCUAAUUCAGGAAACCCAACAUCCAGUUUCAACUGAUUCAUCUGGAGUAGAUUUAUCACCUGCAUUUAAUAUUAUUGAUGGUGGCACUUCUCGAACUUCAGUCCCCUUAUCAGUUUACAUUCAAAAUUCAUUAAUUGAAGCACUUAAUGAUGUAAUCAAUAUUUAA